GAGAUGGCAACUUUACCACCACCACACCCAGACGAGCUGCAGAAGCCUCCAGAGUAUUCUCCGCCGCAGCAGGGCUAUCCUCCCCAAGGGUACCCACCCCCGGGAUAUCCACCACAGAGAUAUCCACCACCAGGGUAUCUACCUCCAGGGUAUCCACCACAGCAGCCAUACUAUCCGCCGGCACCAGGACCUCAAGCAUUUCGGCGUGAUGUUGCUUUCUUUCCGUGUUGUAGAACGUUGUCGUCGUCGGAGCCGCGCAGCCGACGCAGCAUGUUACCACCGUUAUACGAUUACUAAGUUUGCUAACAGAAACUCAUUGUAUUUUCUUUGGCUGUUUUUGCACUACGGAAACUUGGAAAUAUAUGAGACACAGAGGACACCAGAAUUCUAGCCAGCCUGACCAACGUUUAUUAUUCAUGAUGCAAUUACAAUAUGGCAAGGAGUCACUAUGUGUAGUACUUGAGUAGUUACAAGUAAAUUUCAAUUUACAUAUGCCACACGUAAAAUAUACAUUGAUUGAUUGUAUGGCUUGUUGUAGUAAUUGUAGAGUUGCAUUGUUCAUUGAAAAUUGGUCAUUGUGAUUAUUAUAUAUAUUUGUUAA